GUAUGUGCCGUCUCUCGUGUUUCUAAGAAGGAGAUUGGCAAGGUUUUCAAAAAGAUAUUGAAAAUCCUAGAAACCAACGUGCAAUCAGUCUCGGUGGAGGAUUUCAUGUCUAGAUUCUGUGGCAACUUGAAUCUAAAUAUUGUAGUGCAGCGCGUCGCAAAUACCCUGGCGAGGCGAGCACUCAAUCUCAAUCUGGUUUCAGGUCGAAGUCCAGUAUCGGUUGCUGCAGCUGCCAUCUAUAUGGCCGCUAUAGCACUCGGCUUCCGCAAAGAUAAACGAGCUGCACUCAUUUAA